CAUGUUGUGGUUUUGAAUGAGGAAGAAGCGGGAGAUGUUCUUCUUCAACGUGUUUAUUUGCAGUGUUUUUAGUUACAUCAAUUGCAUUUAAUCAGUUAAGGUUACGUUUCAAAAUGAUGGCAAAAUUUCCGACCGUGUUCCCAGCGACUUACCGCAUUCCCGUUGGAUUUUAAACAUACUUCACUAAAUUAGCCUCGCAGCUAACAGCGCUAGCUAGCGGGCUAGCUCGGGCAGCUAGCUCGGAGCUAACGCGCUAAGUGUUGCGUCUCAAGUAAAACGGUAAAAUGCGACCUGCGUGCGCGGCUCGCCCCUGAAACGGCUCCGGUUCAUCUACCUCAGUCGAAUGAAGCAGUGCGUGUUUGGUUUUGUUUUAUAUAUUAACGGUUAGAUCGGUAACGGGGGAGCAGUUUGCCUUUUAAACCAGCGUUAUUUCUGAAACUUUUGAGCCAUGUUGAAUAAAAUCUACGGGUGGCUCGAGACCAGCCUGGGUAAUCUCCGCAACGGUGAGCCGGCUGAGGAGGAGUACUCACACGGACACCCGGCACCGGGGCUCGCUCCAGCACGGAGGAAAAGACCCAUUGAAUGUUUGGAGGAGGACGAUACCAUCGACCAAGAAGUCUUAAUGGUUAAGAAGUCACGAAUGGGUGAUCUUAUUGAUUCAGUCAAGACUGCAGCUGAAGGAGUAAAGAGUCAUAGUACCAGUAUGGCUACGUGGAUGAGGAAUAAUGUAAGCCCGAAUUUGAGAAAUAUUCUUUCUACCUCUUCUGAUUCUCAUCCUGGAGAGCCACAGCCUUCAACAUCAGGAGCAAUCUGGACAGGGAGGCCGAUUGUUGAGAGGAACUCUUUGGAUGAGACAUUUGCUGCUCCCUCAACAACCUUGGACUGGAAAACAUCCAAAUCAGAGUGGUUGCGUAAUGAUAAAACCAUUAUGGGAUCAAAAGUCUGCAGGCGACAGGUGUGCAUGAGUCCCACACAUCGUGAGGUGCCAAAAACAAAUGGACACUCGGUCAACAUGUCACCCCCCACCACCCCUCAAUUGCCCUUCCCAAGGUUAGGGAGGCCCCUUAACGUCAGAUCAUGUGGAACUUCAAGUUUGUGUGGUGGAGUGGGUUCGUCGAGAAGCUCCUGCACCAGCAUGUAUGAGAAGACCUUUCCCAUUAAAAUGGUGCAGACCACGACUCACAGCACUCUGUCGAGUCGCCAACGCGGGACCAAAUCCCACUGCACAGCACAGGAGUCUGUGCAUGAAGAGGAGAGGGAAAUCUACAGGCAGCUUCUGACCAUGGUUUCUGGGGGUCAUUCGUCUUUCCUUCAGAACGGCAGCUCACACACCAUUGUGAGGUCACACCGAGAUUUCACCAGCUUCCUCACCAGCUGCAGACCACUACGAAUCUCUUCACCAACUGGGUCAGCAGGAGCAGGAACUUCAGAGCGAGCCAGUAGCCCUCCCAGCCCCAGAGGGAUGUCUAGCCAGUGCUCCAGCAACCUCCACAGCCCAGUGGGAGCUUCCCUUAAGCCAGGAAUCCAGAUGUGGUCUCAAGACUCAGACAUCAACUCCAGCAGAGCAGCUGCACUCACAUCUGCUCCUUCCCCAUCAGCUUUACAGGACAACACCUCUCAGGACACACAGUCAUCAAUUCAUGAUGGCGACUCUGUAAUUAUAGUUCAUGAGAAAAAAAGUAAAAGGCAGGACAGUUCCAGUGUGCCAUAUUUCCAAGCUGAAUUAUGGAUCAAGGAAUUGAGCAGUAUGUAUGACUGUCGAGCGAGAGAAAGACGGAGACAAAUAGAAGAGCAGGAGGCCCUGGCUGCCCGGCUGCUGAAACAGCGCUUGUCUGACGAGGGACAACGCAGCCCAGAUGUGGAAGUCCAUGUUCGAGUUCCUUUGGAGAAAGAGGUCCCUGUGACUCGUGUGACAGAAAAACCAAGGCCUUUGGAUGAGGCACCAGAAUUUCCUGAAUUCACGGAGGAAAUGGAUAUUGAAAUAAGAGGGCUGAUGAGAGGGGGUAAUCCUCAUGAAGUUUUAAGUGAAGGUUUUGGUCUCAGCCUUACACGAAAAGACCUGCAAACGCUCAGCAACCUCAACUGGCUCAACGAUGAGGUGAUCAACUUUUACAUGAACCUGCUGGUUGAACGGAGCAAGAAACCAAGCCUGCCAUCUGUCAAUACGUUCAACACUUUUUUCUACCCUAAGCUGCGCAGCAGCGGCUAUUCUGCUGUUCGCCGCUGGACCAAAAAGAUGGACAUCUUUGCUAAAGACUUACUGUUGGUCCCUGUCCACUUGGGGAUGCAUUGGUGCCUCUCUGUGGUGGAUUUCCGCAAAAAGUCUGUCAUGUACUUUGAUUCUAUGGGAGGAACCAAUCUUGACGCUUGCCUGACAUUACUUGAAUACCUUCAACAUGAAUGUAAGGACAAGAAGGGCAAAGAAAUGGUUACGGAAGGCUGGAUUCUGCACAGCAAAGACCAGAAUGAAAUCCCACAGCAGAUGAAUGGUAGCGACUGUGGAAUGUUCACAUGUAAAUAUGCAGAUUACAUUACCAAAGACAAGCCUAUCACAUUCACACAGAAACACAUGCCCUACUUCAGAAGAAGAAUGGUUUGGGAGAUUUUGAACCGCAGGCUUUUGUGAUGUCAGGACGGAGAGUGGAAAUUUGUACAGUUAGUUUGCAGCUCAAAAGGUGAUUGAGCUGCGCUCCUCAGGAGGACCCACUGACUGUGGCCCUUUUUACUGACAGACUUGCAGACCAGCUCCUCAGAUCAGCAACCAGCUGCGUCCAUCCUCAAAGGCCAAGUAAGCCAACAUCAUCUGGUGGAUGAUGGGGUGUUGCUGCAGCAGCAUGAAUCACUGCCUCCCAGUCAAUCCAGUUCAUUCAGUUUUGAUGCACCAGCUGAGCAGCAGCAUAGCAGCUGAGCUGCUGCAUGUUGCCUAGGCAGAACUGUUUUCGAAAUUGUACUUUUACUGAGCUACAAAUCAUACUCUGAGGUGCAUUGUUUGCUCAAUGUUUUUGUUUACAUGAGUGGAUUUUCUGGUUAGAGUAUUAGUAUUUUGAUACUCUUCAUAAGAUGCAAAGGAGUUGACCAAUCUGAACGGCAUCUACACUAAAAUCCUCUCUAUUUAGGCAAAAGACUUUUAACUUUUAAUUCAAAAGGGGUGCCAACUACCAGUUAUUUGCUUUCUCAGAGUAAUUGGUCUUAUUUUUCUGUUGAUCACUCCAUGUACUGAUUGACUGUCUGGUGCAGGUAUAUUAGGCAGUAUAAACAUUAAACCUAAAGUGUUUUUUUUUCUGAACUCUGACUAAAGUGCACAAAAGUCUUCAAACUUGUUGCCUCAGAGUAUGAUUUUUUUUUUUUUUUUUUUUUUAAUGAAUAAAAAGAAUGUCUUACCGUCACUGACUUACGUGUAACAGAAAUGUUACAACCUAAAACAGCAGGGUAAUGAAGUUUUGCCAUUUCCUUGUUCACUAUUAUUGAUAAGAGUGUAAAAAGUCUAUUUUAUGUAUUUGAGAGUUGUCUUUUCUUUCCACAGCAACUUUUGAUGCAUAUUCAGUAUAUUUUGAAUUUUGUAUAUACUUAAAACUUAGAACGUACUGUGUAAUAAACAUUUAAAAGAAUUUUCCUUUUUUAUUCAAACAAAACUGUAUUGGAAAUAAAUGAUCAGUUAUUACGUGGUUUGUGUUAUCUCCAAAUCUGACUGAUGUGAAAGUGCCACAUUUUAUAAAUAUGAGAGAAUCUGUACACUUUUUGGCUUAUUUACAAUAAAUGCAGUAUAUUUUGCACUAUAUAACCAGCAGAAAUAAAAGCACAGAAACCACAGUGGAAAAAACAUUUAUUAAAA